GGAAGGAGCCGCGGCCUCAGAGGCGGCGCCAAGGUGGCCACUGAGAGGAAGUGUUUGGGGCAGGCGAUGCGGAUGGGGUGGUCAAAUGCAGGUGCUGCUAACAAUGUGCCUGUCAGCAGGUGGGAGGCUUUUCUGGGAACUUGAACCCGGUCUUUCUGCACUUUUAGAAAAGGGAAAAUGGGUCCCUGCCACCCGGCCCCUCCCCUACUCGGCCAGGGCUCCCUCUCCCAGAGGGCCCAUGAGUCUCCUUGGUGACAUCUCGGGACAAAGGGGGCGAUGACCUCAGCAGCUGGUUACCUCCCUACCGAGACUCUAGAAUGCUGUGGGCAGUAUUUAUUGGCCAUCCCCGCUCUGACCGAAGGCAUUUGUGACUGGACACGACAGUGGUACAGUCUUGCUACAAAGUGCUCCUGAUGCUAGCCUAGCCUCCUGGCUACUCCCGGUACCAGAGAGACACACAAAAUCAACGUGGCCCUGUCUGUUGCUGACAAGCCAGAAGGAGGGGUCCCAUUGACUCCUGUCCCUGAUCCAAAGAUGGCUGCUAGGGAGAUUCUGGACGAGUACGGAGGCCAAGAUGUGAGCCGAGACCGGGGCGCCCCAGACAAGCUGGAAGCAGAGGGCCCAAACCCGGGUGCAGCUGGCGGGGAAGAAGACAAUGCCGCUCUGCAGCUCUCCUUCCCGAGAAAGCUGUGGAUGAUCGUGGAGGACGACGCGUUCAAGUCCGUGCGCUGGAGCGACAACGGCGACUUCAUGAUCAUCGAGAAAGACCUCUUCCAGAGGGAAGUCCUUCACCGCAGAGGCGCAGAGAGAAUUUUUGAAACAGACACCUUAAGGAGUUUCACUCGGCAACUUAACCUCCACGGCUUCGCCAAAGUCCACCCCAAGGGCUCUCUGGGGAAGAAGGAAGUCACGGUCUACCGCAACUGCAACUUUAAGAGGGACCACCCUCCGCUCCUCAAAAACAUCCAGCGAAGAGGCCAGGUCAAGUGCAGCGCCCCACCAGCCACCACGGCCAGGCGGCGUGCCAAGGGGAAGCAGCAGGAAGCGACUAGACGCUCCCUUAGAAUCCAGCAGAAGAACGCCAUGAAGGCAGCCAACAAGAUGCCCCCGGUGAACCCCGUCCAUGUCCCCCCGGGGCCCGGGGCCACCCAGUCCCUCCCAUUCUCUAGUGUCUGGUCCCUGAGCAGUGUGUCUGGGGCUGCCCUGGAGCAGCCUCCCCCCACCCAGCCCAGCGUGCCCAGCAGGGAGGGCACCUCCCCGGAUGUUCAGUUCCACCCCCCGGCCAGCGCUGGGAUGGCGGGGGCGGGGGCGGGGGAGCCGCCCACCGGGCCCGCGGUCAGCCCGGAUUACCGCUCCGUCAUGACCCUAUAUGACACCUGCUACUCCGCCCUGCUGAGGACGCUGUCGGCCAUGGCUCCCGACGAGUCCCCCGAUUCGGAAGAGGACAGCCCCUCUGAGUACCACUGCUCCAUCUGCGAGCGGUUCCAGCGGCAGUUCGAGGACGAGCAGGCGCCCUAG